AUGGCAGAAAAUCGAACACUGAGAGAACUUACAGCCCCUAACUUGAACCAACAGCCGUUGUGCAUUGCAUAUCAGCAAUUGGAGGAAGGUACUAAUGUUGAGAUCAAAUCUGGUCUAAUACAUCUAUUGCCGGCAUUCCAUGGCAUGAAGGGUGAAGAUCCGAAUAAACAACUGGCAGAAUUUCAUGUGGUAUGCACCAGCAUGAAACCGAUUGGGAUGACUGACGAGCAAAUUCAGUUGAGAGCAUUUCCUUUCUCUCUCAAGGAUGCAGCGAAGGAUUGGUUUUACUAUCUUCCCCCAGCAAGUGGAGGAGGGCUAGUGAAUAAGACUCCAGGAGAUGCAACUAGGCUGAUUGCAGAGCUAGCAGAAAAUUCUAGGCAAUUCAGUCAGAGAACUCCCACGCGCCGGGUGAAUGCAGCAAAUUCAAAUACGUCUGAGUUAGAAAGUCAAGUAGCUGAUUUGACUUCUAUGAUGCGUGAGUUCAUGGUGAACUCAAGGAAUCCGCAGCAACUGAAUGCUUGUGGUAUAUGCACCUCCAUGGGACAUCCCACUGAUGCAUGUCCUCAAUUACAAGAGGAGCAGAAUGAGCAAGCAAAUGCAAUGGGUUUCCAAGGGCAAGGUCCUCAGAGAAGAUAUGAUCCCUAUUCAAAUACAUACAAUCCAGGAUGGAGGGAUCAUCCAAAUUUGAGAUAUGGGAACUCCCAAGGGAACCAACAACAACAAAAUGCUCAAGGCCAGCAACAGUAUCAGCAAUAUAGGGCACCAUUACCCAAACCUCAAGGCCAAAGCUCAAAUUCUAAUAAUAUGUCAACUGAAGAAAUGAUUAGAUCAUUAACUUCUAAUGUUUCUACUAUGCAGCAAAAUAUGGUGCAAUUUCAGCAAGAAACCAGAUCAAGUAUUCAAAACCUAGAGAAUCAAUUUAGUCAAAUCUCUAGUGCAGUCAAUGCAAUAACAUUGAGAAAUGGCAAAGAGUUGCAAGAAACUGCAGUUGCAACUAAGAGGGCUAAAGACUUGAUUGGAACUGAAGAGAAGGAAGUGGAACAUGAAGCUGUAGCAAAUCCUCCCACUUUUCCAUCUUAUGAACCCACACCACCUUUUCCUGAAGCUUUGAAAGAAACAAAGAGGUAUGAGAAAGACAAGGAUAUUUAUGAGACUUUUAGCAAAUGUGAGGUAAAUAUUCCCCUCUUGAAUGUGAUUAAAAGUAUUCCUCGUUUUGCUAAGUUUAUGAAAGAACUGUGUACUAUCAAUAGAAAGCAUAGGUUGGGAGGAAAAGAGAAGGUAAAGGUGAGUGCUCAUGUUUCUGCGGUUUUCCAAAAGAAAAUCCCAGAAAAAUGUGGUGAUCCUGGUAUGUUUAUUGUUCCUGUUACAAUAGGAGACACCACAUUGCACCGAGCUAUGUUGGACCUAGGUGCAUCAAUCAAUUUCAUUCCCUACUCCCUGUUUAAAUCUUUAAAAAUUGGACCUUUACAUGGAACUGGGGUAGUGAUUCAGUUAGCGGAUAGGUCUAAUGUGUAUCCUAAGGGGGUGGUGGAAGAUGUGUUGGUUAAGGUUGAUGGUUUGAUUUUUCCUGCUGACUUUUAUGUGCUUGACAUGGAACAUGACAAACAAGCAGUCCCCAUCUUGUUAGGAAGACCUUUCUUGAAGACUGCUAAAACAAAAAUCGAUGUGUCUACCGGUUCCUUGACUAUGGAGGUUGAUGGGAAAGCAAUUGGGUAUAACAUUUAUGAUUCCAUAAAGUAUCCUGUCAACACUCAUUCUUUAUGUUCUCUUAAUGUUGUCGAUCCAAUGGUGCAUGAUGUUCCUAACAAUGAUCGUGGGGAUGAGUUCCUCACACCUAUAACUAAUGUUGUAUCUGGUGAUUGCUUGGAUUUCUCUAUGCCUACUAAUGUGCAGGUGAAGGUGGGGGAAUUGAAUGAACAUUCCAAGCUUCCACCUAUACCACCAGGUUCAACAAUCGGCCCGUCUGCAAUUCCGGGCAAGAAAUUGUCCCAUUUAUACCACAAAGCAAAGAAUAGGUUGUGGCAUGACAAGAUGAUUGCUAGGAAGAAGGUGGAGGCCUUAGGAGCAAUUUUUAUGCGCGAAACGCAGCAAAAACAGAGCAAAACAGAGACAAGGGGGGCCUUCCCUGCAGAAGCCGCUGGCAGCUGCUCUGCAGCCGCUACCAGCGGGUCUUCUUACAGCCAAAACCCCUUUGUUUCUGUCCCAGCCGCUGGUAGCAGCUCCUGA